UUAGAAAUUUAAGAAAUUUUAUUAUCCGGAGUUUCCUCUGUUCCUUUUUCUUUCUGCGCAGACUGUUUUCUUAAAAAAUAACUCACAAUUUUAUUUCGGAGUGGAAUGUGAUGUGUGGGAGUAAUUUCUUGAUGUAUUUUUUAGUCGUUUAAUUAUUUUAUAUAGUUUUAUUAACGAGUAAAUUAGGAAGAAUCCGUAUUGCCUGGAUCAUCUGCUCUGUAGAUCCAGACGCAGUGGCACAGGCAGAGCGACGAAAGUCCAACCGGAUAAAGUAAGAAACAUGAGACGAUGACGACAAUAAAUGGCGCUUACAACGAAGUGGAUUCUGUAAUUUAGUGCAUUCGCUGAUUUGCUGCUUGCAUCUUACUGAAUUGUCGUGACAAAACGACUCCCACGCUACAACCUGCAAAAUUAUGGCUGAAACCAAAAACAGCGAGAAAUCUUUCUUUGAGGCCUCGGACGAAAAAUUUAGGGUAUGGACGGAAGAAGUCGAGCGGAUUUCCAUGUCGGCCGUGUUCAAGAAGCAGCGGGAUACCAUGCAGCAGAUUUAUGAUCACUUGGAACUGAAGGAGAAAGUUUUGAAAGGGUUAAUGGACGACCUGGCCAGUCAUCUUGGACGACAGAACACCAACGGCGUCUCACACGCAUCGACGUCUUCGAUAUCUCCACCGACUGUGACCAAGCAGGCUCACCCUGCCGCCCCGGGACGCAUGGCUGCCAAUUUCCCCCUGAUGAGCGACGUGUCGGUGCCGGUCAGUCUUCCCGCUGCGCCCGUCAUGCCGCCGGCUGUUCAGCCGUUGCCCUUUCCCGGAUUCGCCCGCACCAACGGAAUCACGCCGGUGGCAUGGCCCAGUAAGGCCGCUUUGCCAAACAACUGGCGCGACACCAAAGCGGAUCCCGGACCCAUCGGACCGCCGUCGCAGGCCGUCAAAGGGGCGCAGUCGUGGCAGUUAGGAGAAGAUUGGUCGUCGGUGGACUCAGACGGCUCUGGAGAGACUGUGCCGAAAAAAAUUUUUGUUGCCAAUCUGGCUCGCGACUCUGAUGCCAGAACCAUCGCAAGCUACUUUAAACAAUUCGGUCCAGUGGCGGAUGUUAAGAUCUUUCGUUUCCAAAACGGAGAGUCCCGAGGAUUCGGAGCGGUUGAGUUUACUGAUGCAACCAGCGCGGAGAAAGCCAUCGAUAUGUCCAAACAUAUAAUUGAUCGACGUGAAGUGGUUGCUUUGCCGUUUAAAGAUCCAGGUAAAAAUAAAUCGGAAAAGCCGGUAAAAAGGUAUCAGGUGUUUUUGGGUGGGGUUCCGACGUUUUUGUCGAAACCCGAAGUGGAAGCAGCAGUGAAGAAAUAUUACAAGGUACGAGAAUUGAAGCUAAAUUCUGAACGAGGUUACGCCUACCUUGAUUUGGUAAACGAAGACGACGUGGAUCGGAUUUUAAAAGCUGGCUAUAUUAAAAUUGGCGAAAAAAUGGUGGAAUGCAAGCCGAACAAGCGCAACUGAAAAAAUAGAUAAUCGAAGACAUUAGAUGAUUUAGAUACCGGAACGGAUAAAAAAGGAAACCCGAAAGAAUGUCAUCCAUGCAGCUUUCAGAAUUGUUUUAAAUAAGCACUGGUUUUUGUAAGUUGUUAAAAGAACAAAAGAAUUUGAGUUUAAAAUGUUAAUUAAAUUGUUAGUAAGUAAAUUUUUCUCUGAGGUUGAUGAUGGUUUUUUUAACUGUUAAGUUUGAUACCCUAGAAAAGCCAUACUCGUUCUUACAGCGUACUCGUGUAUUUAAUUUUUUCUGGUGUCCGGCUUCUUUCCCGUUUUUUCGAAAAUCUGUGGUGAGAUUUAUAUGGUUCGACAAAGUUUGCUAAAUUUAAUUAUUAGUUUUCUAUGGAUGGUUGUCUGUCGUUUUGCUGAUUAGCCUGUAUCUGUGCUUUGGUGGAUAAUCGAGAAUAAAAAACUAUGCUGCAA